AUGGGUUUGUUGAUGGAUGGAGAACUACGCCAAACUGUCAUUUCGAUAGUUGGAAUGGGUGGUUCUGGCAAGAACACACUAACUGCCAACACCUACAACAAUGAUGAUGUAAAGAAACAUUUCAACUGUUGUGCAUGGACCACAAUUUCCCAAGUACAUGUCAUAGAAGACGUAUUGAGGAGCAUGAUUAAGAGCUUUUACAAGUCAAUGAAGGAAGUGGAUCCUACAAACUUGAGUUCCAUGAAUCAAAUGGAGUUGGUAGAAACGCUGGUGGACUAUUUAAAAGAGAAAAGGUAUCUACUUGUCUUGGACGACGUGUGGGACACAAAUAUCUUGGAUAAAAUAAAAGUAGCACUCCAAUAUAGUUGUCGUGGGAGCAGAAUCAUCCUUACAACACGAAAAGAGGAUGUAGCCUGCCAUCCUUUUGGAGGUAAACAUCAUAUUCAUCAUAUUCAAUUGUUGCAAAACGAAGAGGCCUGGGAACUCUUUUGUAAGAAAGCAUUCAUAAAUUGUCCCAAUGGAAGUUGUCCAUUGGAGCUUAAAUCUUUUGCUAAAAAACUUGUGAGAAAAUGCGAAGGCCUACCCCUUGCAAUUGCAGCUUUGGGCAGUCUUAUGUACUUCAAGAAUAUGUCACAAUGGAAUGAAAUUAAGAGCAACGUGAAUUGGAGACCAACUAACAAUCCUAAGCUAGAAGGAGUGAAGAGCAUUUUGAUGCUUAGUUUCAAUGAUUUACCAUAUCAGUUGAAGCAUUGCUUCUUAUUUUGCUCUCUUUUCCCAGAAGAUCAUGAGAUUCGAAGAAAAAGGCUCAUUAAGCUAUGGAUGGCAGAAGGAUUUGUAGAACAAGUAAAAGGGUCAACUCUAGAAGUAGCAGUAGAUAGCUAUCUUGUAGGACUCUGUAAGUCAAAGAAAAAUUUGGUGUUGUACGUGAUGGAGAAGAAGAAAUGA